AUGACCUUGGACUUUUCACACUAUGGCGGCCCCUCUGAAAAAUGGCUCGCAAUGGAGAAGGCAGUGCCAAUGCCAUCAGUGGACCUAACAAUGGACCUAUCCGUCAUUAAAGCGACGACAAAUGGGCUUAGAGACCAGGGAAUUGCGGAAGAAAUGAAGCAAUACGCACCGCAGGUCCAGAUUAAAGACUACGUGAUACCCACGCGCGACGGCUCGACCAUCGAUGCCCGAGCCAUUCGCUCCGUAAAACUAGACGCAUCCAAAAAGCAUCCCGUUUACCUGUAUUUCCAUGGUGGGGGUUUUAUCUUCGGAACACGCAACAGUGACGAUCCGCUCUCCGCGCAGGUUGCUAUCAAAACCGCGUGUAUCGCUUUACACGUGACAUACCGGCAUACUCCCGAGCACACGUUCCCCACUGCCUGGAACGACUCGCAAGACGCCUUCGUAUGGCUACACAAGAACAUGGAAGAGCUAGGCGGCGAUCCCUCCAAGGUCAUUGUUGCCGGGCUGUCGGCAGGCGGCAUGCUGGCAGCUUCGCUCGCGCUAGAACAGCACCUUGGCAACAGCGACGCUAUCAAAGGGCUCCCCCCGCUCGCCGGCCAAGCCCUCUUCAUCCCUUCUCUCGCUUAUCCAUCGACAUACAACGAGGGCCCCGGCAAACUGCUCAAAACGUCGUCGUACGUCGAAAACGCGCAUGCGCCUAUUCUAGACGCCGCCACAAUGCAGCAUCUUCUCGAGCUCCUCAAGCCAGGAACUGUCGCACUAAAAGAUACAAAGCUGAAUGUUGUGAACGCAACUGCAGAGGAUGUCAGGGGUAUGCCGCCGGCGAUGUUUGCUAUCGCGGGCAUGGAUCCCUUGCGCGACGAGGCAUUGCUGUAUGCAAAGACGCUGGCGGAAGCGAACGUGCCGACGGAUAUCACGCUUUUCAAGGGCGUGCCGCAUGGGCAUAUGAUGUUCAAGGGAUUAAAGGCCACAAAGAACUUUGAGGAGUCUGCUGAAAAGGGUAUACAUUGGAUCUUGUCCAAGCCAGCGGCUACAGGCAAGUUUGAGGUCAAGGUUUCGCAGACUUGA